AUUGGCCUUAGGGGUCUCCUUAAAAGAGGCAAAAUUUUCUUAGGCUUUUCAGCAGUUAAAAAAAAAAAAGAAAAAUGAACAAAAAUUGAAGAAGAAGAAGAAGAAAAUAGAAGGGAUUAUUUUUAUUUUCAAUUUUUUAAUCAAAGUUUUCAUUUUUAUAGAGAGAGAGAGAGGAAGUAGGAGCGUUAGAGAGAGAAAGUGUUACAGAAAGGAAGAGUAAAGAUCAUGUCUUUGGGCUAUGCUGAGAAGCUUUCCUUCAUUGAAGAUGUGGGUCAAGUCGGUAUGACCGAGCAUUUUGACUCAUCCAACAUCUUGCAGGAAAAAAUUGAACGUCUUGCAACAUUGAUACGAAAGAGUAAGCAUCUAGUAGUGUUUACAGGUGCGGGAAUAUCAACUUCCUGUGGUAUUCCAGAUUUUCGAGGCCCGAAGGGAAUUUGGACUCUUCAGCGUGAAGGAAAAGCCUUGCCUGAAGCAUCACUUCCAUUUCAUCGAGCAAUGCCUAGUUUGACACACAUGGCAUUGGUGGAAUUGGAAAGAGCGGGAAUUCUAAAAUUCGUCAUCAGCCAAAAUGUCGAUGGCCUCCACCUUCGAUCGGGAAUACCAAGAGAGAAACUUGCUGAGCUGCAUGGUAACUCUUUCAUGGAAACCUGUCCUUCUUGUGGAGCCGAGUAUUUGCGGGAUUUCGAGGUGGAAACUAUUGGAUUGAAGGAGACUUCCAGACGCUGUGCUGUUAAACAAUGUGGUGCAAAACUUAAGGAUACAGUGCUUGACUGGGAGGAUGCAUUGCCCACAAAAGAGAUGAAUCUUUCCGAGAAGCACUGUAGGAUGGCUGAUGUUGUCUUAUGUUUGGGGACGAGCCUGCAGAUCACUCCAGCGUGCAACCUACCUUUAAAAUCGCUUCGUGGUGGGGGAAAGAUCGUAAUUGUUAAUCUUCAGAAAACUCCUAAAGACAAGAAAGCAAGUUUGGUGAUUCAUGGACUCGUAGAUAAGGUAGUUUCGGGUGCCAUGAUUUCACUCAAUCGGCAGAUUCCUCCGUUUGUCAGGGUUGAUCUUUUUCAAACCAUUAUAACACAAGCCUUGAGUCUAGAUAAAAAAUAUGUGAAUUGGACCCUUCGAGUAUCAAGUGUACACGGACAUAAAGCUCCAUUGCCGUUCGUCAAAUCUGUUGAGGUUUCUUUCUUAGACAGGGAGGACUAUAAAGGCGCUAUCUUGGAAAAAGAACCGUUUCAGCUGAAAAGGAGAACCGUUUCAACAAAAUCGUUUGAAGUAGUUUUGAAGCUGAAUUUCAGCGAAGGCUGUGGCUGUCCAUACAUCGAAAUGAACAUUCCUAUUGACUUUACGGUUCCAAUCGAUUGUUUUAAUCUCGACAAAGACGCCAUAUUUGAAGAGCUGAAAGAGACUGCAAUCCAAGAAUUGUGUUGUGGACAAAAUGCGGUUAUAGUGAGAAGAGAAAUCUUAACACCGCAAAGUGAAGAAACUGUAUACGCAGUUGUCACCAACAUUGUUAGGCACAACAAAACCGCUAAAGUCUCUGAACUCGGUGAUUCUCUUAGCAAUGGCGGCAAUGUCAAGAGACGGCUUGAAAAUGGUUGCACCGGGACAUUGAAGAAGAAGCGAUCCAAAAGCCGACAUAAGAAAAAGCUUACUACAACAACAACAACAACAACUUCUUCACUUUCUACCUAACAAAACUAACAAUUAAAAAGUGAUAUGGGGUUUUGUUUGUGUGUGUAUAUAAUAUAUAUACAUAUAUUUUUACUUUUGAUUGGACACUAACCGAAAUUAAGAAGUAGUUUAGGGACUAAGUGAAUUUUGCUACAUAUAACCACACUUGGUCUCCUUUCAACUUGUUGAUGAAUGAAACUCAUUGAGUUCAUAUUACAUUUCUUUGAAUUUUUUUUAAUUAGUAUAAUUUUAUUCAUUUUUUUAAACUAA